AUGAAAAGCAAACCCGUGAUAAUUGAAAAUUUAUCAGGAUGGAGAGACUGGCAAAGCAACAUGAGCCGGCACAAAAAGCAUGUAAAACAAAUCCUCAGCUCAUCCUCCAGAAUCGACAACACAAAGCCUAAAGGAUUCCCAAAGCACUCCCAAAUGGCCUCACUCCGAGAAUUUUAUACAAAUGGUAAUCGUUACACAGAAAGAAAAAAUGAAAUUCAAAAAUCCAAUGAAAAAUUCUUAGAAAGGCUUCUUGAUGUAACCUCAGCUGUACAGAGUAGUCAAUUACUAGAAGAAAAAAACAUCAACAAAUAUAAAGAAAGAUGUAAAAAAGAAGUCGAGAAACAAAGGGAAAAAGACAACAUGCAAAUUUAUAAGAGGAUUAUUCAUACAUCAAGCUCUCUUAAUUUUUCGCAGUUUGAGAAGGAUUUUAAUAAAAGCAAGGAAUAUUCGAAACUAAGGACGAGAAAGAAUUUUCGGAAACUUCCAAAAUUGAGAAGGAGCUGUGGGAGUAAUUCGAGCAAAGAGCUGGUAAGUAAUUAA